CACCAGCGCCGCCAACACCACCAGCGCUCAAGUGCGGGGCUCCCAGGCGUGUUUUGCGGUCGCGGAGCUUUGAGGAACCAUGUCCGGCCGCUGAAAAGCCGGCCCCCUCGCUCCCGCCCUUCUGGCAAUGAAUGCCCGCCGUCCAUCGGAUCCUCUGUCGAACGGCGCGGAACUGUGAGCGGCCAAGAUGGGCGCCACCAGCAUCCAGGACGCGAAGAUCCUCGUCCAAUCUUCCAAAGUCAAAGACCGCACCGACGGCCUGAAGAACCUCAUCCACAUCCUCAGGCACAACCGCGGCAAGCCUAGCCUGGAGGCACUUGCAAACAAGGCCUAUCUGGCACUGUGCGAGACGCUGUUCCAAUGCCUCAGAGACGAGCGCUCGGCCUUUCUUCGCAGCAAGGCCACCACGUCCAAGGCCAAGACAAAUCUCGUGCUUUCAGCAACAGCGCUGCGGCUGGUCAUAGCCGCGGGCGUACGCACAAUCAAGAGCUCGACGGUCGAGGUCAUCGUAGACACCAUUGUCGAAGUGCUGUCGAGCAGUGAUGGGCCGCUUGUGAAACCAUUGCUCCAAGACAUUCCAAAGACGUUGCGCUUGCUGCUAGAGUACCAGCCGCAUGUUGAGCGCCUCUCUCAGGACUGCUGGGAUGCCGCCGUUGCCUUCUGCAUCGACUCCCUGGCUGGCACAUCGUUGGAGGCUGAGGUCGAAGCGGCCAACAGCUGGAGCACGAGUGUCUCGGGCCGUGGCCGCACGCCCCUCGAGUCCACUGAUGCGUCGAUCGCAAGAGGCAGCCCUCGCGAGCCUGUAGCAAGAACUAGAUCGGUAGCUGACGAAUUCUCUCACUCUACUGAAGACUUCAUUCACUGUCUGCUUGCUCUCGUCAAAGCGACCAAUGCUCCAGUGCUCGCUAAAGCUGAAGCAAUCAUGACGGCGCUCUUGUACUUCCUGAAACGAAGGACUGGGCGUGGCAGUGUCGCCGCAGCUGCCCUGGCUGGCAUCAACGCGAUCCUUGCUCGCACAGCCUUGCAAUCACUCGACCUGUCAAAGCGCAUCAUCACAGAGUUGCUGCCCCUAAUGAAGCCCAUGUGGUCCGAGCAGCUACUUCGAGACGAAAUACUAAUCACGUUGACAUACACUGAAGCUCACAUCUCGAGUCUCGUGGCCGACUUAGAAGAUACGACUACGUGUGUCGAUCUCGAAGCAGUGCUAGAAACGAUGUAUGCAGACUACCGGACAAGGAAAGAAACCACCAUGCACCAGUAUCUUGAAGAAGAUCACCUCUGCUUCCGCCAUCUUGGCGCAGCGGACGCAGACACUCAUCCACUGAACACUCUGGCAUUCUCCAUGGAGACCGAACACCUCAAGUCUGAAGGCCUCUGGGCGACUGUCCACGCUAUCGCACGAUUCUCGUCGAUGCUCGACAAGAGGAAACGAAAGACUAUGCACGAUCGCGAAGCCGACGGUGAGAGCGCUUCCAAACGCGUCCGCAUCGAUCUCUUGUUCGAUGAGUACACUCGACACCUCGCGGAGCCGCGCUCCAAUGCCAAACGAGCUGCGCUGCAAAUUGUCGCCUUUUCAGUUCAGGAGGGUCCUGUUGAUGAAGACAACCUUCUGUCGUUGAUGGAUAGGCUUACCUCUUGCAUGUCCGACGAAAAUGUUGCACACUCCGUCUGGUCAAUGGUCGCUUUGGCUGCUGCCGCAUUCCAAGAAUCUGCAAAGCGUCCCACGCUUUUGCCCACCUGGGUGUCCGUAUGGCAGAGUGCAUCUCGGGCCGUAACAUCUCCCUCAUUAUCUCGCGCUGCAUGUCAAUUGAUGGACGUUCUGCUGAAGCUCGGAAUUGUGCCCUUUACUGCUGUUUCAGAUACCAUUCAAUCCAUGCUCCUCUCCAUCGAACUGACAGGCCCGUCACUACUCACAGAGUCAAGCUCGUCUUUGCUGACCACUAUUAUGCGGGAGCGUUUGAAGGAGAAUCCAACUCAUUUCAACCAGACCGCUGAGAGGAUAAUGAGCUGGCUUCUUAGCAAGUGGACGCCCAGUCUUUGGUCCGAGCGAACGUACGCUGCCACUAACGCGCAUCAUUGUAACGCCCGAGACGUUCUGCAGAUAUUGUACGCUUGUUUGGAUGUGCCACCUAACCUCCCGGAGCCAUCACCUUUUCUAGUUCUUGGACCCAUAUCCCAGGCCAGGUUAUGGAAUGCUCGUUAUCAGGCACUUGCGCGGUAUCUUCUUUUGCUCGAAAACGAUGAGACGUACCUCACGCAAACGCCCACACGGCCCAGUCUUUCACAUGUAUCAGUCGCCGAACAUCAGCCAACGAAUAUGGAAAUCAGAGUUCUUGAGUACUGCCUAUCGGAAGUGGAUAGAGCAAGAGAGCGGUGGAAGGAGGCCUCUCAGACGAACAUCCAGACCAUCUCGUCAGAUAUGAUGCGCAUCGUCACCAAUCUCUGCAUCAUCGCGCCAGCAGUCGCCAGUCUCAGCGACCCUCAAGACCGCCGGGUGAUCGCUCUGGAGUCAUCCACCGACAAGCUCGUGUACGCAUUCAUCAGCACGUUAUCGAAGCCACAGAUCGAGCAGUACAAGAUUGACGCCGUACUUGAAACAUGCACCAAGAGCCUCCCAGAUUUGAGUGUCUACGACAAGCUCAGUACCAACGUUUUCAGACAAACAGGCGUCAGUAUCUUGUCUCGCCAUCUUUCCAAGGCUCUGGGAGAUCGCAUUGAGGCCAAGCAGUCCUUCUACGCUGAAGACGACGACUUCAUGGACGUUGACGAUGGAGACGAUUCCCAAAUGACCUCAAAUAUGGCAAGCAUCGAAAGCGAUGUGCCGCGACACACCGAACAAGCCGAGACUGAUAUCGCUGCUUUACGCGCAUCCAGCUUCUCGUACCUCCAUCUCAUCGCCGCAGUCACGGAAGGCAGCGAUCAAAACGUCGACCAGAUUCCCUCGAGUUUUGUGGAUUAUCUGAUAUCUCUGAGCGAGAACGAGUUGCUGCACUCCCGCCAAUUCAUUCGCUCUCUUCUACACAGCGGCCUUCGACUUUCGCGGACCGAUUGCUUGAACCUACUGGAACGACUCAGUGAUGCCCUAGCAGCUCCUCGUGCACGCGAGUAUAAUACCUCCGAGGUUGCUAACGGUAUGCUGGUAGAGUUUCUCAUUGGUACUGCUCUUGUUUGGGGACCAGACAAGAAGGAUCCCGAAGCCAAGAUCCUUUACGAAAACAUUGAGGCCAUGUAUGCCUACUACGUCAAGGGCUUGGAGAAGAACGGGGUCAGACGAUCUGCCAACCUGCAAGAGACCAUCGCCGUCUUCCUGCAUGGUCUACUCAAGCACCACCCGAACUUUGGACAAAAUCCCAAAGUGCCCUCCGUGCGAACCAGUCUUUUCGAACUCCUCUCCGAGAGCGAGAUCACUGUGAAGUAUCACAUCGCUGAACGCUUACCAUCGAUGUUUGAAGACUUUGUGCUUUCUGAGCACGACAAAAUCCUACAUGACGUUGACAGCAGCCUCCCGGGCGAAGACGACGGCCUAGAGGGAAUUGCCCUUCGACUACUUGUCUUAUCCAAGCUGGCAUCAAGAUGGCAUACCCUGCUACGCUCGAGCGUAUAUCGUAUCUUCGCAACUGCAGGAUCUGUCAAACAAGCCGCUCGGCACGCUCAACGCUGCAUAUCGCAGGUAGCAGAGUCCAGAGACAUCGUAAGCUCACAGCAACUCUUUCAGCUGUUUGCUCCACAAAUCUUAUUCACCUGGUUGGAUCGGGGCAACAAAUUCGCAUCCAUACCGUUUCUGACUUUUGGCUACACGACCCUGGUAGAUCUCAUCCGAGAUGUUGAAGCGGAAGCAGUCGGUCAGGCGAUAAUGUUCGGAAGGAGAGGAGAGGUAGACUACCUCGCAAAACAGCUGGACACCUCUACGACCGACUUGCUCUGCAAAAAUAUUGGCAAGGCAGCAGCUUAUACCAUUUCAUGGGACAUCUGCAGAGGAUUUGCGCGCAACAAAGCAGAGCCGAGCUACGCCAACUUACUCAAGGAUCUCAUGGGCAACGACAAGUACUUCAAUCUUGUCCAGAAGCAGUUUCCACAGGUGCUUGGCUGCAUUUUGCAGACAGUCGACCAAGAGGAGCGCAUUGGAAAGUCAUUGGAGAAGAAGCCUGCCUUCACACCGGCCGCCAAAACCUUGACUGAGAUGCUCAACAUCAGCCAUGCGGCACAGGAUAUUAACACCGGUAUUGAGCCGUCGUUCAACGCUUUCUACCUACCAGAUCAGCUCGAACGGCUAUGCCGACGGACGGGCGACGACCCUGUUGGCUUUUGGCAGCCAAGUACGUUCACCUACGUGAUGCGCGCUUUGUUGGACCGUAUACAUCCCGCACUCGGUUCGUUGUAUGCCAGAUCCAUGAUUCGCAAGAUCAGGAUCGUUAUUGCCCUUGCCGGUCCCGUUGCUUACGAGGGCUACCCACUGCAAAUGACGCUGCAGUCUUUACGUCCAUUCCUGACCGACAUACAAUGUGCAGAAGACACAGUGGGCAUCAUGCAACAUCUGUUUGAACGCGGCACUCCAUAUCUCAGACAGCACUUGAACUUCGUGACCGGUAUCGGCCUUUCGAUCCUUAUCUCCAUCCGAGUCUUCUUAGGCACCACGCAGGACAGCACCACGCAGCAGUCGCAACACAUUGCGACGAUGACUACGGCGAACAGGUUCCAUACGUGGCUCACAGAAUACUUGAAGUCCCAAGCCGAAGCCAUAUCUUUGAGCGAAAGACCGUCCUCAGUCAGAGCUUUCAAGUCCAUCACUACUGCUGCGUCGCGAGUGCGUGCGGAAGGCAAUUCCGUUCGUGGCAGUGAAGAAAGCACGCUACUUGUGGAGAUACUGAAUGACGUAAGGUCCGGUCGCAAGCUACUCAACAAAACAUCUCGCGAAGUUGCGUUGAACCUGCUCUGCCAGGACUUUCAGCUUGCCGCAACAGCUCGAGAAGACGUUCUCGGCAAGGAUCAAGAUGCUGCUGAAUAUGCUGGGCUUGUUUGGGAGUCGUGUCGCAGGCCCAAUGUUGGUGAAGGGUACCUGCUUUGGGCUGCACGAGUCUUGGGACGAGCAUUCAGCACGCAUGGUGAGAUCAAACAGAGUGUACCUGCAUCUCGGCGUCUGAUAGCAUCCGGUCAAUCAUCGAAAGAUCCUCUCGGGAAAACCUCACGAGAAACCAUCAUCAGAGAAGUGGUCGAUCUCUUCUACAGCGACGAGCGCAAUGAGGUCAGUUUGGCCGAGAGUGCUGUCAGAUACCUGAUUGCCCGCUUGCCAAAAGGAGAUCGACAAUACGAGGCCGAAAUCUACAAUGCGAUCCCGGAUGCCAUAGGCAAGGCGCUUGUACUAUACAUUCCAGACCCAUCUGUCUCUGCGCUCAUUGCAUCCAGUGAAGCACCAAAGUUUGCAGCCGCCCCGACAGAAGACAAAACCGUGGCUGUCUGGGUCAGAGAUCUCGCAGUGGCGCUUUGUGCGGUAGCGUCUGAGGAUCCGAUUCUGGGGGCCUUGCCGGCUCUUCUCCACGGUAUCGAUCAUAUGGCAGAAAGAGUAUUCCCUUACAUUCUUCACCUUGUGCUACUGGCCGAGUACGAUGAGGAGCGCAGCGUUCGAGAAGCCGUCUCAACGGCCACCAUGGCUUGGUUCCGCGAUUGUAAUUCCAAGAACGCACGCUAUGUGCGCAUCCUUAUCCAGGCCAUUCUGUACCUCCGCAGUCAACCAGUGCCAAAGGAAGUCACCAGGGUCGAUCGAGACAGAUGGCUGGAGAUCGACUAUCUCGAGGCAUCGCGGGCUGCGACAGCUUGCGCUAUGUACAGAAGUGCGUUACUGUUCGCAGAAACGUCCUCAGGCCAGCCUGUAGUUAAGAGCGCCUCCAGAAGAUCCUCGGUUCUGAUCCCGCCGCCAAAGCUACCAACAGACCUGCAGCUCGCGAUCUAUAAAAACCUGGAUGAACCUGAUUCAUUCUAUGGUAUCGAUAGAGGCUCAGGUCUUUCAGCUGUGUUGGACCGUCUAGACUACGAGGCAGAUGGUGUCAAAAGUCUUAUCUUUCGAGGUGCUCGACUCGACAGCCAAAUGCGUCGUCAGAAUGAGCUCGAACUUUCUGACACCCGUGGUACAGUCAAGUCGCUCAUCAUGCUCAAUAUGAACAGCGUCACUCACUCGCUUCUUUCGAAUGACCAGUUCCGGGACAAAGGAGACGAUGCUGUAGAGAGCACGCUUCAUACCGCUCGCAAAUUGGGUCAGUGGGACAUCAAAGCACCUGAGACGAACCACACCGAAUCUGCCACACUCUUCAAGGCAUUCCAAGGUCUCCAUAUGGCUAAAACGCCUCAACAAGCUCAAGAGAACUUCGACCAACAGAUGCUUGCUACAAUGAACUUCCUGACUGGUAGAGACAGCUCUUCCAUACCAACGAAAACCCGUCUUCGAACCUUGGCGGCUCUGACAGAAGCGGACGAAGUGCUCAGAGCCGACAAUCCGGAGUACCUGCUUGACGUCUGGGACCGCAUGAAGGCUCGUGAAAGGUGGAUGCGAGCCGGAGAAUUUACUGACGUUCGCCAAUUAUUGUCUUGCCGCGAAACAUUGUACAAUGUGCUCAGCACGAACAAUGCCAUGAUUGAAUCCUUGCAUACCCGCACUGCGACCAUACGCAACAUGGAAGUGGAGGCGCUGGUUUCCUCUUCUUCUAUCAGCAGGCGACACGGCGCCAUUCAAGAGUCGUUGGCCAGCGUGACCUACUUGUCAGACAUUGUACCCAAGUGCAAGAGUGCAGGACUAGACAUCGAGGCCGUAGCCCAACAUGAGGUCGCAAACGUGCUUUGGGAACUAGGCGAAACCGACACCUCCAUACGUAUGCGGCAAAACCUCAUCAACCAUGCCAGCUUCGAUUCACAGAACGUGGACUUGAGCCUGCCUGUGCUACUUGCGAGACUGGGACAUCAUCUCGCCGAAGCCCGACUCGCAAAGCCUGAUGCAAUCAUGCAAGAAUACCUCGAACCUGCAAUCCGAGAACUGAAAGGCCAAGAGCAAGGAGCCGGCCCGGGACAAGUGUUUCACGAGUUUGCCUUGUUCUGCGACAAACAGCUGCAAAGUCCAGAGGCCGCCGAAGACUUGGAACGCAUCAAGACUGUAAUGGAUCGGAAACUGCAAGAGUACCACGACUUCAUAAAGCUUGCCAAGACCGACAAGAGCAAAAGCAUGCGGGAGACAUACCAGCGCAGUGCGCGUCGAGCCAAGACUUGGUAUGACCUUGACAAUACCGAGUACGAACGCAUGCGAAAGGGCCGCGAGCAGUUCUUGCGUCAGUGUCUGGAGAACUAUUUGCUUUCCUUAGCCGCAAGCGAUGAGUACAACAAUGACGCUCUUCGCGUCUUCGCCCUCUGGAUAGAGUAUGCUGAUACAGAUCUUGCGAACGAAGCCGUCAAACUGUAUCUGAGCAAGGUCCCUAGCGGCAAGUUCGCUCUACUCAUGAACCAACUAUCGUCUCGAUUGCAGAAUGAGAGUACACCGUUCCAGAAGCUUCUGCUGGGUUUGGUCUACCGCAUCUGUAUAGAGCACCCCUACCACGGCAUGCAUCAGAUUUUUGCAAUACAGAUGAAGGUGGGGCCCAUUACAAGGGAGGAUGUGGCGCGCUCCAAAGACGAAUCUGCAAGGUCUCGUCAAAAGGCUGCCAUCGAGUUAGCCAACGCGCUCAGGAACGACAAGCGAUCGAGAUCGUACUGGAGCUCGAUCUAUCAAUCCAACGAGAUCUACCACAACCUUGCCAUGUUCAAAAGCGAGAAAGAGAGUACACAACAAGGUCGUGAGCUACCGCUUGAUCGCUACAAGGAAUCGAAGGAGCUGGUCAGCACUAUCCCAAAGCUCAACGUCCCACCAGCUACACUGCAGGUCGAAGUGCGGCCGAACAUGGAUUACACAGACUUGCCAAGGAUUCAAAGGUUCAAGUCUACCAUGAGCAUUGCAAACGGUCUCAGUGCGCCAAAGAUCAUCACGGCCGUUGGUACUGAUGGCAAGCCUUACAAGCAACUGUUCAAAUCUGGUAACGAUGACCUCCGUCAAGAUGCAAUCAUGGAGCAAGUGUUCGAUCAGGUGUCUCGACUGCUGAAAAACCACACAGCUACGCGCAUCCGAAAUAUUGGCAUCCGGACUUACAAAGUUCUCCCGUUGUCCACUCGCUCCGGAUUGAUGGAGUUUGUGCCAAACACACUGCCGCUGCACACUUGGGUGAUGCCCGCACACGAGAGGUAUUACCCCAAUGACUACAAAUCGGACAGAUGCCGGAGAGAGAUUGGCGCAUGUCAAUCCGACUCCCUGAGCACACGCGUCAAAGUCUGGAAAAAGGUCACUGAGAACUUCCAUCCCGUUAUGCGCUACUUCCUACUCGAGCGCUUCGAAGACCCAGAUGAGUGGUUCGAGCGCCGUCUAGCAUACACGCGCUCGACAGCCGCCAUCUCCAUUCUGGGCCACGUCCUCGGUCUCGGCGAUCGCCACUGUCACAACAUCCUCCUUGACGAGAAGUCCGGAGAAGUGGUCCACAUCGAUCUCGGCGUCUCCUUUGAAGCUGGCCGCGUCUUGCCCAUCCCAGAGGUCGUGCCCUUCCGCCUCACCCGCGACCUCGUCGACGCGAUGGGCUACACCAAAACCGAAGGUGUGUUCCGCCGCUCCUGCGAAUUCACAAUGGACACCCUCCGUGAAGAACGCGAAUCAAUCAUGACCCUCCUCAACGUGCUCCGCUACGAUCCACUCGUGAACUGGAGCGUCACGCCCACCAAAGCAAAGCGUAUGCAAGAAGGUGACGCGACCAACACCGCGCGCGGGCAGAGCGUUGCUCCAGGCGGCACACCAGCACCCCCUGGGUCGGCAGUUGAACAGGCAGAGGUGGUGCACGAGAGUCUCAAAAAGAGGGAGAAGGAGGAGCAGGCCGGUGAGGCAGGCAGAGCGCUCAGCGUUGUCGAAAAGAAGCUGAGUAAGACGCUGAUCCAGUCCGCACGCUUGACCAUCCUCAUACUCAAACCCAUCACCAUGCGUCUUUCAGCCCUUGCAUUUGCAGGCCUCGCUGCCGCAGCACCCGCUACCCUCAACGCCCGCCAAUCCUACUCCGUCGACAUCUCAGGAUCUUACUGGGAUGCCACCAUCACGAGCCAAACCGGGCGGCCCGGCUAUAGCAUCCGCGACCUAACUACAAGCUUUCACAACCCCAAGUUCGAGCAGACUGCCAACGGGACAUGUCAUUACAGCUUUGUGCCACAGGGCUUCAAUCCACCGGCUGUGACAGAUCGUUGCGACACAGGGCUGGCGUACACUUGGGACUAUACCACUCUCACCCUUACGCAAAAGAUUGCGGUCGGCAAUGAGACUCUGACUCUGUACGGAUCUGCGGUGAUCAAGAACGAAUGCAAAUCGGAUGGUGCGGGUAGUGGGAGUUCGUGCAAGGGGACUGGAAGGGUCGAGUUGGAUCAUUACUGCAAGCCGGACGGAUGUUACUCACCGGAUGGAGGCGUGUAGGGAUGGCCGGUGCUAAGAGCACCCGAUUUCGCGUAUAGUACGGGGUAUUUGAAAUUUUGGUGGGAAACCUUUUUGAACCAUUUUGACACCUAUUGGCGGGUCGGUUUAUUGGUGGAUUUCAGAAACAUCGAGUCACCUUGACUUUGGG